AGUUAAAUUAAGUACGGAAAUAUUAAUAGUCCACGUUGAGAACCCAUACUUCUCCUGAAGCCAAGAUUCUUAUGUGAAUAGGAAAAAUGACAUUUCAAUUUCGCGCAAAACGUUCUGGCUUAACGUCUUUUACGGUAAAAAAUCUCCUGUGCGGAUCUGGGUCAUUCAAGAGUCCAAGUAGUUAAGUCUACAAAAUGCUCGUACAAGCUGUCGAGAUGAUCAGGAUAUGCUUGUAAGCAUUAAUGUUGUCUUAAUUGUCUUCCUUUACUGGAAGUUCUUAGAAAUCUUGACUAAGUGCCACUGUCGGCACUUCUAAAAUCUUCGCCUCUCUCCACAUUCUUUAAAUACCUUACGUAUUUAAUUCACCAUAGAAGGCAAUGGCGUAUAUGGUCUAAUUUAUCUAAUUGAUAUCUAAUUUGUUGCUGACCUAAUCUUCCUCAAUUUCUUCACGUCCAACGAAACUUGCAGUUUUAAUCGCACAAGUCUUACCAUGACCGAAAACUCAAACAGCGAUCGAUAAGAACAAGACUGAUUUAAAAAACUACAAUAAUGAUCACCCGUCGACCCUCAAGCCGUACCCUUUCGGCCCCUUCUCCGCACACUAGUGCACCACUAACUCACGCACACAUCGCCGAAAUUAAGGCCUUUAUGUUUUUUUACAUAAGCCGAGGGCAAGGAAAGCGUGGGGCCACGUGGAGGGGUCGCGUGGGGUGCUGGGCGGGGCGAUGCAGCUGCACUAGGGCUCCGCCGCCGGCCGCCAGUCGAGGCGCGCGCGUCAUCACGACACGUCACGGCUACCCUUCAAACUUUACCGCCAAAAUCGGAGUUCGACUCGCUAUUGUUCCAAAAUUCAUAUUUUUCUUAAACUUCGAAUUGUGAUAUCUGGCUUUUGAUCUUCAUAGACAUGUAAUUUUUUUUUUUGAAAAAGUUGCCAAUAUUUUUGUGAAGUUUUCGAAUUGGCGGGUGUCGGGUUGAUGUGUGCGAGCGAGAGGUGUGAUAUGGAAAGCCCGGGUGAGGAAACAGGACGAGCAGUGCCCCCCGCGCCGCACACCCUCGCCGCCCCGCAGCCGAACGGCUCCAAUAAGAUCAUCGGACGAAAUGUGAAUGGAACCAUGGUGGUGACAUCAGCUCCGGCCAACGAGGCAGAGUUGCAGUUGUACCGCGUGAUGCAGCGAGCCAGUUUACUGGCGUAUUACGACACGCUGCUUGAGAUGGGUGGAGACGACGUACAGCAACUCUGCGACGCUGGAGAGGAAGAAUUCCUUGAAAUCAUGGCGUUAGUAGGCAUGGCUUCCAAGCCUCUCCACGUCAGACGCCUACAAAAGGCUCUCCAAGAAUGGGUGAACAACCCAGCCCUCUUUCAAAUCCCUAUUGUUCCUAACUUAUGUCCUUCAGAAAACCCCUUCAUACAAUGUAACCAAAGACUCCUAAACAUGCCUCCUUCCAUCCCUAAUGUUUUGCCAAGAACUGUGGCUUCUCCAGAAAGCAGUAGACCAAUGUACAGUCCCUCUCCCGGUGCUCCUGAGAACAGUUGUGGUUCAACAGCAUCAGCUCCCAACGCCAGUCCCGUACACCAAGCGAAUACCUUUACUAAAAUAGUAUUACCACCGUCCCCUGCGCCCGCAGCCCCUGUAACAUCUACAGCUUCUAGAUCCUUCUCUCCACAAAGUGCCUGUCCACCAGCUUCGGCUGGAUCCAGUCCAAGUUCAGUCACAUCACCAGUUCAGCUCACGCCAGUCCUCUUAGAUGUUCAUGUACAAAAAUUGUCGGCGGCUGCGGAGAAAUUGAGCAAGCACUUGCCACAAUUGGAGCCAAAACCACAGAACACUAAAAAAAAGAUGUGCAAGGAUCUGGAGCUGGUGAUGAUGAUGCCGGAGUCAGAUCCUCGGAGGAUGGAGGAAAUUAGGAAGUACGCGGCGAUAUACGGCAGGUUUGACUGUAAGAGGAAACCUGAGAAGCCGUUAACGUUGCAUGAGGUGAUGGUAAACGAAGCAGCAGCUCAGAUCUGCCGCUGCGUGCCGGCGCUGCUGACGCGGCGCGACGAGCUGUUCCCGCUCGCCAGGCAGCUCGUGCGGAGAGCUGGCCUGCACUACUCCAAGCACGGGCUGCCACCAACAGCAUCAACAGGCGAGGAUCGAGAGCGUGACGAGGAGGAGACGCCUCCCAAGCGACCGCGCCAGGAAGGCGAGGAAGGAAAUGGUAUCCGAGCAAGUCCUGACGCGGCCAGGAGUAAUUCCAACAGCUGGUGGGGCGUGAAGGCGGAGAGUGAUGACGCCGACUCCAGGUGUUCCUACUCCAGCACUAGCACUCCACCACCUGAAGCCGAAGAGUCUCGUCCGCAAGUGGUGGCGGCUCGCGGAGACAGCAUCAUCGCCGUCGCCAACCCCGCGCUGCAGCCGCCGCACGCGCCGCAUCCGCCGCACGCGCUGCUCCCGCACGCUGCCAGGAACCAUUCUAAUUGAACAUCUAUAGAGCUUGGAGAAUGUCGACAAAUUAUAUGGGAGUUGGUUGAGGAAUUCAAACUCGAAAUCCUUUUUUUAAUGUGUUGUGUUGUGUUCCUGUUGUGUAGACACAGCAGCAUCACCUGAAUACCUUCGGGCGAAGAAUCUCUCUCGUGCUCGUUUUUGUUUUCAAUAGGUGUUUGAAACGUCAAUUGAGUUAUGCUAUUUUGAGGAACAUGUCUUAUAAAGAAGACAUGACAAACAUCUCUUAAGAUAACAAGCUCUCUUCUGAAAACAAGCGCUUACAAGAUUUACGCCAGUUCCAAAAAGGUUUUAGCAAAAAAAGCUACGAAUUUAGACAAAAAAUGCUAAUGUAACUUAAGAAAUGAAAUCAUUAAUUGUGUCGUAUAAAAUUAUCAGAGGUCUUAAAAAUACCAACGGGUUCGAAACUGAGAUGCAAACCUAUAAAAUUCCAAUUGAAAAAAAUAUGCUAACUGGGGAAAUAACAACUCAAUAAAUAUUAAAAAAAAGAAAAAACUUCUCUGAAAAGUUUAUCAUGAUCCCAUUUAUUAAUGAAUGCAAUGACUAUUAAUUUGUUCUCUAAAAAGAAUAUAAAAACUGACACAGAGUGUACAAAAUACAUUCCACCAAAAAUGUAACUAAUUUAUAUGUUUUUGUAAAUAUUUAGUUUCUUAGUUAGGUGUAAGUAAAGCCAUAAUAUGCCUUGUAGUCAUUAUAUCUAUCGAUUGGUUUAACUUUAAACCAGCGGGUUGCAUUAACUGAUCAUUUUGUUUUUCAAAACUGUUCAAUUAUAUAGCAUUCCUGAUAAAUUAGAUUGUCAUUAAUUGGUGAAGACUUUUGUAAAUAAACAAAGAUUUCUUCACACGCAAAAAAAUAUAACUGCAACUUGAAAGAAUAUAACCAUUUUUUUUUGAACAAAUUUUUGUAACAAUAGGUCACUACCUACAGCCUCGGCCCCAGGUACAUAAAUAAACACCAUACAAAUACCACGUGACCAAUAAAUAUCAAUUAAUUGUCAUUCAAUUUAUGACACAUAAAAUAAAUGGUUAAAUUAUUCAUAAAUAAUAUUAAUUAAAGACGCAUUUAAUUUACGUAACUGCAGUUAAAGCAUUAAACGAUGAUAUAUUCAUAUAUGCCAUUAAUUGACAGGUACAUAAUUAAUAUAUAGUUAAUUGAAUCCAAAUAAAGUGAUCAUUGGUGCAACCCGCUCCUUGCAAUGUUUUCAAAGGUGAUUUUUCUGUGUUUAUUGUUUACUUUUUUAUGACCGUCCAAUGUCCUUAUAAUAUAAAAAAAACAUUACAGUUUAUGAGUAUGUUAUCCCAUUUUUGUAGCACUCAUAUUUCAUGCAAAAAAAAUAUAAAAUGAAACAAUUGAAGAUCUGAGUUGAACAUGUGUAGAUUUCCUUAUUCUUAAUACUUUUUAGUAUUUUCAUCAAUUUUCGCUACAAAAACAGAGCGCAAAAUUACCUAUGUUUUAAUUAUUUGGAGGUAAUCAUUUGGUGAAUAGAGAUGAAAAAAUAUAAGGUAGAGUUAGCAACAAAAGUCUCUUAACAUAGUCAAAAUUACAAACUACAUGAAGACUAAAAUCUCAAAAUUCAAAAGCUGUGUUUUUGUAACUACUCUUGUAACAUACGUGAAUAAAUAAUUUCUUCUGUAUAUAAGGGAUUUAAGAAUUCAAGUAUUUUGUUAAUUUUGAUUGUAUUAAUUGACAAAAUAACAGCAAAAAAAAUGCUAUUUAUGUUAACAUGCAAAAUAAUUCAUAAAAUCAUAAAGCAAGUCAUAAAAUCGUGAACAAAACACAGAAAACUAUACAAAUUAUAAAAUAAAUGUGUAAAUAAUAUAUAAACGUUAGUAAAAUCAGCAUUGCGAGCCAUAACGUGUUUGAAUAGAUUUAGUUUUAAGGAAAAUAAAUACUAUGUUUAUACCAC